AAACCAUAUAAAAAACCAAAGAGUACACCAUAAAAUCGCCAAAUGCUGUAAUAAAAACCACCAUAACCGACCUCCCCUGACCUUCUUAAUAAGCCAAAAACCAAAAAGCAGCAGCUUCACGGGAAGCCUCGGCUGACAAGGGUUCCCCACAAAACCCCCAACAGCGUGUGUGGGUGGUGGUGCUCGGGAAUCGCGACCGUCACAUGCUGGGCGCGGCGGCGCGGGAGGAGUAAGGGCCAAGUUCGAGCAUCCGCUAUUAAUACCCCCGAGCGACCCCCGAUUUCUUUAACCGGGCUUCUUUGAAAUAAUUACUACGAACACAUCUAUACCAACUCCCAAUAAACUCGAUAAUAAAUCAAUCCUUCAUAAUGUCUCUCAAGAACGCCGCAUUCCCCUCCUCCGAGGCCUUCGAUGCCAUCAACGCCUCGCUGCAGUCUGAUGAUGCUGAGCGCAAGAACGCGAUCAAGGCAGGCCAGUCGGUCUUUGCUUUCACCCUUAAGAACAAGGCUGGGGAGACGGACAGCUGGCACAUCGACUUGAAGAAGGAUGGUGUUGUUAACAAGGGACUUGGUGAUAAGCCUACUGUCACCCUCUCCCUCUCCGAUGAGGACUUCGGCAAGCUCGUUGCUGGCAAGGCGAACGCACAGAGGCUGUUCAUGAGCGGCAAGCUGAAGGUUAAGGGUGAUGUGAUGAAGGCGACGAAGAUGGAGCCGAUUCUCAAGCGCGCGCAGACGAAGGCCAAGUUGUAGAUGGAUGGAUGGAGAGAGGCUGGCUGUAUGAUUUGGGAGGCAUGUAGAAAGAACGAAGAGCGUGUGAUAUAGGGAAAAUAAAUUAUAAAAAGCUAUAACCAC